CGCACACAUUUGGACAGGUUUGCCUAUUUAGAUGAAAGUGUAAGCACUACCCCGUUUCUGAGAGAAAGAAAAGCAGUUCGUGUGAGGUUUGGUUGCGCUACGGAGAAAGUAAGGAGUCGGCUGGAAUCAGGCACUUGGGAGGGCAGCCCGGUACGAGGGCCCUGCGAGUGUAAAAUCCCUCCGCUUCCUGUGUCUCGGCCUCAUUAGCUCGGUGCGGCGGGUAGUGGCGGAGUGGCAGCGACUCCUCUUUAAGAUCACACAGCGACCAGCGCUCAAGCCCUGUACCGGCAGACACUGAAAGAUGCCCUCAGCCACCAGCAGCAAAGCGGUGCCGGGCUCCAGUGAUGCAGCUCCCGGCACGUGCAACAUGCAGAGCGAAGCCAUGAAGCAGAUCUUGGGGAUCAUCGAUAAGAAGCUGCGAAAUCUGGAAAAGAAAAAGGGCAAGCUGGACGACUACCAGGAUCGGCUAAACAAGGGAGAACGCUUAAAUCAGGACCAAAUGGAUGCAGUGACAAAACAUCAAGAAGUGGUGAUCAGCAUGGAAUUUGCCCGUGAACUGCAAAGGAAUUUCAUGGCAUUGGGUCAAGAUAUCCAGAAAACCACCAAGAAAGCCGCCCGCCGCGAGCAGCUCAUGCGGGAAGAAGCCGAACAGAAGCGCUUAAAGACAGUGCUGGAGUUCCAGUUUGCUCUGGAUAAACUGGGGGAUGAGGAAGUGCGUAACGACUUAAAGCAAGGGUUAAAUGGGGUCCCUGUGGUGUCGGAGGAGGAGCUGACACUACUGGAUGAGUUCUACAAGCUGGUGGAUCCUGACAGAGACACAUCUGUGAGGCUAAGUGACCAAUACGAGCAGGCCUCCAUUCACCUGUGGGAUGUGCUGGAUAGCAAGGAGAAAGCGGUGUGUGGGACUACAUACAAAAAUCUGAAGGAUCUAUUGGAACGAAUUCUCCAGAGUGGUUACUUUGACAGCGCACAAAACCAUCAGAACGGUCUUUGUGAGGAGGAGGAACCACUUGCAGCACCACCACCUGCAGAAGAACAAGCCCCAGAACUUGAACCAGAACCUGUAGAAGAAUACACUGAGCCCAGUGAAGUGGAGUCCACCGAGUUUGUCAACCGACAGUUCAUGACAGAGGCUCAGUACAGCGGCAGUGAGAAGGAGCAAGUGGAUGAAUGGACGGUAGAAACAGUUGAAGUUGUAAACUCACUCCAGCAAGCAGCAACCCCGCCUGUCCCCGAACCCCUCGCAUUAAACGCUAUUGCCCAAGUCCAGCCCGACCCCAUUGUCAGGAGGCAGAGGGUCCAAGACCUGAUGGCCCAAAUGCAGGGUCCAUACAACUUCAUGCAGGACUCUAUGCUGGAGUUUGAGAGCCAAGCGAUGGACCCAGCUAUUGUAUCUGCACAGCCCAUGAACCCAUCUCAAAGCAUGGACCUACCACAGAUGUUGUGCCCCCCCGUGCAUUCUGAGCCCAGGCAGUCCCAGCCCAGCCAAGUUCCGGACACCACACAGGUUGCACUGGUGUCUUCCACAAGUGAAGGCUACACAGGUUCCCCGCAGUUAUACCAGGCUUCUCACCCCACAGAAGCACGAACCCCUAAAGACGCCAUAGAGCAGAUUCAGGCAUCGCUGUCCUUAAACACAGACCCAACGCAGACCUCGUCGUCUAUUCCUGCUGCUUCCCAACCUCAGGUGUUCCAGACCGGGUCCAACAAACCUCUGCACAGCAGUGGUAUCAACGUUAAUGCUGCUCCAUUCCAAUCAAUGCAGACUGUUUUCAAUAUGAAUGCACCUGUCCCUCCUGUGAAUGAGCCAGAAACACUGAAACAGAACCAAUACCAGGCCAGUUACAACCAGACCUUCCCUGGCCAACCUCAUCAAGUGGAACAAACAGAACUUCAACCAGAGCAGCUACAACCAGUUGUAAACACUUACCAUGCAACGUCAGACCAGAGCCAUCAAGCGCCCUCGGGGCACCAGCAGCCCGCACAGCAAAACACUGGGUUCCCACGGAACAGCCAGCCUUUCUACAACAACCGAGGGAUGGCCCGAGGAGGUCAGCGAGGUAACCGGGGCAUGAUGAACGGCUACAGAGGCCAGUCAAAUGGCUUUAGAGGAGGAUAUGAUGGCUACCGUACUGCUUUCCCCAACACUCCAAACAGCGGUUACCCCCAGGCACAGUUUAAUGCUCCACGUGACUACAGCAACAACUAUCAGCGGGACGGAUACCAACAAAACUUUAAGCGCGGUGCCGGACAGGGAGGUCCUCGGGUCGCCCCUCGAGGUCGCGGAGGGCCGGCCCGCCCCAGCCGAGGCAUGCCGCAGAUGAGCCCCCAGCAAGUCAAUUAACCUCCCCCCGCCGGAUGAAGCCUUGCUCAGGGGCUCUUGUGAAUAUUUUUCAGUUCCCUGCCCGAUACUGAAGAGGCCUGAAUUUUAUUGCCUGGUUAUUAGCCAAGACUCCACUCGUCUGCUUUCUAUGAACUGGAUAUGCCAAGAAGCCAUCUCUCUGGUUAUGAAGGAGCAGCACGGACUCUCUUGUGUCUCUUUAAACUGUUACUGCUGAACCAACCACUUGGGGUGUGACAAUAGUUUUACGUAGGACAAUAUGAGCCAUUAUCCUAGUCUUCAAGCCCCCCCCCCCCCCCCCCCCCAGCAGUCACUAGAUCUCAUUCUGUGGCCAUUAUCCAGUACCUUUACCCAUGUCUGCACUUUAUUGGUGACUCAUAAUGGAUUUUAGACAGUGGGGGAUUGUUUACCCUUUAAUAUCAGCCUCUUUCUAGAUUGGCCUUUUUCUUUUAUAGAUUCGCGCAUCCGUUUUUAUACGUAUCCCCUGCGCUAAUAUUACUGUGAAUUGUAUGAAGGGAGGGAACAUGUUUAAUCCUUGUUGGUUUCUUGGACCUAAAGAAGAGCAUUUUUUUUUUUUUUUUGUUGUAAGAUCCGCUUGGGAGCCUGCUGUUGGAUGUGGAGAUUUAUUUUAACCCUUGUUGUUACCAGUUCUACAUACACCACUGUCAUUAGCUCAUACAGGGAGGGAGAGCAGUAGUCUGGCAAAAGAAUGGAUCUUCCCCACUUCUUCCCCGUUAAAAAUAAAAACCUGUUUAUAAAAAGUG